CGUGUGAGGUGGCACACACACACGCAUCUUUAGUCCCUCUAGUUCAUUGUCCUUCAUUUUUGCUACAUUUUAUAUUCUCUGUUAAACAAGGCUAAAUGUCCGUUACGAAAUCACACCAUAAUCUGGAUGUGGUUCAUCAUGGAAUAGUACUCAUUAGUGAUGGGAAUGCCACUUCUAGAUCGUCACGACUGCUUUUAUCCAAAGAUGAGUUAUGUAUUCAAGUCAUUGACGAUGGUACCGCGGAGCCCGAAGAAGCCAAAGAAACAUUUCUAGAAAAUGCAACUCGGCAAGUUGUCAUAGUUAAAAAACCAGACUCGGGGUUCGGAUUGUCUAUUAAAGGAGGAUCAGAAAAUGCACAAAACAUGCCAAUAGUAAUCUCCAAAAUAUUCAAAGGAUUGCCAGCCGACGAAUGUGGAGAGCUAUUUAUUGGAGAUGCUAUCGUAGAAGUAAAUGGAAUAUCCAUAGAAGGUCAAAGCCACGACGAAGUGGUUAACAUGUUAAAAUCAAGCGGUGACCAAGUAACUUUGGGUGUCCGCCAUUUCACCCAUAUGACGCCGUUUCUAAAACCAGCACAGUCAUUGCAACCCGAUGGAACAUUGGAUCAGCUGUUUGAUGGAAGAAGUACAAGGAGCCACAAAGCGCAAUCCGAAUCCCGACUCUCCGACUCGAAAUGGCAACAACAUAUUGACGGACGGGAAAAGAAAUGGAAAACGUUGACGUCUCUUCCGUUGGCAAUGGCUUAUGUCACCAGAUACCUCUGGGGAACCGACAAUAUCAGGACAAACUCUUUCGAAGUUCGUGCAGUAGAUGGAAGAUCGUCGGGAAUUGUGCAUUGCGAAGAUACAUCGGCGCUGGAACAAUGGAUCUCGCACAUCAGCAAACAUAUAUUGUCGCUCAACCAAAAGAGUAUAAAAAUGAGCAACAAGUACUUGCAUCAGAGUGAGCAGAUCAGCUACAUUGGUUGGGUGAAUGAAUACUUGAAUGAUGAUGAUCAAGAAGAGCUUAAAAUCCGCUGGCAACCUCGCUUCUUGAUUUUAAAAGGCAGUGAUGUCUGCUUCUUUGAUGUUCCGCCGCUAAACUCUGAAGAUCUCAACAAAUGUGUCUACUUGUACAAAUGUUAUGAUGUUGCUGUAAAACAGGUCCCAAACUCUAGUCCACGAAGAGAUAAGCGUGACAAUUGUUUCUUAAUAGAAACUCCAUUGCAAGUUCCAAAUCACUACCUGUCAUUUGAAGCUGUAUCUGCAUUUGAACUUUUUGAGCAAGCAUAUUACCGAACCGUAUACAAUACCAUUUCCCAAAUGCAGUCCCGAACGUUUGCCUGUAACUUUGAAGGAAGAGCCAGUGGAAUCGUUUUUGACAUUAAACAGGGAAUUAGUCUAUAUGAUAUUCCUACUAAGAGUUACAUUUGGCAAUAUCGGUUCAGAGAUUUACAAGCCGUUGCUGAUGAUGGCAAACUGUGUGUCCAGUUAUCGUUCAAUGAUGAUCGUUCAUUGAAUUCCGAUAGAAUAGAAGUAAAGGACAUCGAAUGCGAAGAUGUGGUAACAGUUGUAUUCAACCUUCAUUCCUUUGUUCUUGCCAGAAUUGUUUCCACUGAUCCAGACUAUUUGAAGGCUAAUCGUUAUGUUGGAAAUGCAGAGGACUAAUGAUUUUUGAUUUUCAAAGCAUAAAUAUUUUUUUGUUGUUG